UAGGUGUCAACGUGUCAAUCACAAAUUGAACUUAAGUUUGUAUGAAACACCACACUAAAGUGUUUAAAAACCUUCUGUUCGUUAAUUUUAUUUCAUAAUAUAUUAUUGUUAAAUAACUUAGUAAUAAGCAAGUGAGAAAUAAUAAAUAAUGCCUGAAAAGGAAAAUCUAUCGCUUGAAGCUAUUUACACGUCGGAAAAGAGUGGAAAUGACAAAAGUGGAGAUGGAACACAGGAGAGUCCAUUUAAAACUAUCCUGCAGGCAAUGCGUCAUGCAGGAAAGGAGCCAUUUCCAACUAUUUACGUGGAUUCAAAAGAAGAAGGUAAAUCUUACGACAUAGCGGCGAAAUCCCAAUUGAAGAAGAUUCAAAAGAUGUGGGUAAGGGAAAACUAUAAAGCUGCUGACAAGGCGAAGGCUGAAGACGAGACCAAUGAUAAACGGCAGCAGAACUUGGAAGACGCUAAGAAAAUUGUUAUUAAGCAAGAUUCUAGCCUUCCUGUUGCAGAAACAGUGAAGUUAUUUCAGACAAAGGAUCACAGAGGAAAAAGAAUAAAAGUCUCUGGAUGGGUGCACAGGUUGAGACGUCAAGGAAAAUCACUAGCAUUUAUAACACUGCGAGAUGGUACAGGUUACUUACAAUGUGUCCUUCAUGGUGAACUUUGUCAGACUUAUGAUGCCCUUGUAUUAUCAACUGAAUCAUCUGUAGUCCUUUAUGGGAACUUGGAAGCAGUUCCAGAAGGAAAAACUGCACCAGGAGGCCAUGAAUUGACAGUAGACUACUGGGAACUAAUUGGCUUAGCCCCACCUGGAGGUGCUGAUGCUAUACUGAAUGAGGAAGCACAUCCAGACGUCCAACUUGAUAACAGGCACAUAAUGAUUCGUGGCGAGAACACGUCGAAAGUACUACGUGCGCGUGCGGCUGUGACGCGAGCUUUCCGCGAACAUUUUAACGCUCGCAGCUACACAGAGGUGACUCCCCCAACACUCGUACAGACUCAGUGUGAGGGUGGCAGUACUCUGUUCAAAUUUAGCUACUUCGGAGAGCAAGCGUACCUUACACAGAGUUCACAGUUGUAUCUCGAGACUUGUCUUGCAACGUUGGGUGACGUGUAUUGUAUAGCGCAGUCGUACCGCGCCGAACAGUCGCGAACUAGGAGACAUCUUGCUGAGUACAGCCACGUGGAAGCGGAGAUCCCCUUCAUUACGUUUGAGCAAUUGCUGGACAGGAUCGAGGAUCUUGUGGUGGAUGUGGUCGAUCGGGUGCUGGCUUCACCCGAAGGGCAAUUGGUUUAUGAACUUAACCCAGACUUUAAGAAACCUACAAGGCCAUUCAAGCGAAUGGCGUAUACGGAGGCUUUGGAAUAUCUAAAAGAAAACAAUAUCACUAAAGACGACGGAUCCUUCUAUGAGUUCGGCGAUGACAUACCAGAGAUGCCCGAACGUAAAAUGACGGAUGCGAUCGGGGAGCCGAUACUUCUAUGCAAAUUUCCAGCAGAAAUAAAGUCCUUCUAUAUGCCCCGAUGUGAAGAUGACAAACGCUUGACUGAGUCCGUGGAUGUGCUGAUGCCGGGAGUUGGUGAGAUUGUCGGUGGUUCUAUGAGGAUAUGGGACUAUGAACAAUUGAUGGAAGGUUACGCACGGGAAGGCAUCGACCCUACGCCGUACUACUGGUACACGGACCAACGUAAAUUCGGCUCAGUACCACACGGUGGGUAUGGGCUGGGGUUAGAACGAUUCUUGUGCUGGCUGUUGGCCCGGCACCACAUCCGCGAUGUCUGCCUUUACCCGCGUUUCCUUGAGCGGUGCACGCCCUAAGUAUAUAAUAUUAUGUGAGCUUCUUUUUGGCCCCUCUCAGUGUUAUUUCAAUUUACACAAUUUAUUAACUGUUAGAUUUUUUUUAGCAAAAACGAGCUAGUUUUUGUAUCUAACAUAAGCUCACAGUUGAAUUACCUUCGUUUUUUAAAAAUACGGUAUCUUUGACGAUUUACGGUUUAAUUAAUUCGAUUCGAACUCACUAGAUAUAUUUUUAAGCAGUCUGUGUAAAGCGAAAAAAAGUAUAUAUUGUCCUUGCAAGAUUACAUCUCAUAUUAUAUAAUUUAAAAAAAAUACAAAACAUUAGAACUAACAGAAAAAAACUCAUUUCAUCUUCUUCAAAAUAUAAUUUUCAAUUAGCUAGAGUUUCCUUCUGUCACUUGGAAUAUACAUCAGACUGCAUAGCAGUAGAAGGAUAUAAUAGAGGGAAAAUAUCGUUUUAUAAUAUAGUACAUACGUACAUAUAUAUGCCUUGAAGUUGGUUGAACUCUAUUGAAACUGUAUGCUGUAUUGUGUAUUGAUAAUUAAAGUUUUAUAUUGAGCAUUUAGAAAUCUUGCAUUUGCCAUUUUCAAAUAAGUUACUAUGUUUUGAAUACUUCACUCGAUAGGAUUAUUUCUUAGAGUAAAAUUCACAGUCAACUUAGUCUCCAGUUUAUCAAAUCCAAUAAGUUGUAAUCGUCAUCUCGUCAUUACCCUCAGUGAGAUGUUUCAUACAUGUAUAUAACGCAGAUAUGUUUAACGUUUCAGUUAAAGUUGUAAAAUACUGAUUUAAUUUGUACUUAUGGUAGUUAUUUUGGAUCUGUUACGCAAUUAUACUCUAUAGCAAGGUUUUGCGAUACAAAUUGUAUACGCAUUACAGUUAAAAUGGUUAUUAAAAUUGUUCAAACUAAGAGAUUGUGUUUAUUUAUGGUGUAAAAUAAAAGCUUUGUUUAUA